AGACCCAAACGUCGCACUAGAAUCGGUUUAUUUAUAUUUUUGAGGAUGGAAAAAUCUAACUGCUGGCUCGGUUUUGUGCAGCUUCAGCGCUCAGCAGCGCGGCGCGUCACGCCACCGUGGCCGAGACUACCAUGUGAAAAGGAGAGCGCAUUAAGAUGCAAGAAGCGUUCAAAGCCCCCUGUGUUCCCAAACACGAUGUGAGGAUCCUCGAUUCAGGCCUCAACUGCUCUGAGUUAUUAGAACCGAGAUAAACAGGACUAAUCAGACAUAUUGUCGUCAGACGUCACAAACUUUAGGUCCCUUAAUUCUCUCAAAGUUGGUUAAAGAGGUGCAAUAAACAAUAAUUACAGCAAUAAGAAUAAUACAGUCAAAUAUUUAAAUUGUAUAUUUUCCCAACAAGUUUAGUUUUGUUGCAGGAUUUCUCAUCUAGUCUACUCUUUUCUGGUUCAUACUUUACGCAUCCUUGAAGACACAUCCAGCCUACUUCGUGCGUAUUUUUCCACGAUUUGCACUAUUUUUAAGCAAAAUGUUGCUUUUUUCCCGUAGCACGAACUCUGUGCACCCGAGGCUCGACCGUGAGACACACCAACUCCUCUCUGACUGCGCGUCCAAUCAGCGGGAGCCCUGCACAGCCUUUCUGUUGUAAUUGGAUGGAGAUGGGAGAGGAAUACGCAGUCUUGGCACAACGUAAACACAUGCUCGUCUCCUUCGCUGUGCAGAGGACGCACCGGACAGGAGCAGCUCAACUGAACCGAUCGAAGAGGUUGUCGAGGUUUUGUCAUUAUCAUCUAAUCUCCGCCAAAUAUCAGAGAAGCAAGUAGACAAGUAAGCGGUGUAGCAGCUCCUCAGCUCCGGAUCAAAGAAGGUGCAUUUCCAUAUCGUUAGGAUUACGCACGGUGGAGCUCCCGGGACAGAGAAAAGUUCUGAAACUGUCGUUUUGUUGCACCGGAAUGAGUAAAAAAGCGUGUUGUGUCACACAGGUUACAGCACGCACUAAAGCUACCAACAAAGCCUUUAUGGAUUGAUUUGUCACUUUUUUUCUUUAACUAAGCGCGCAAAAGAAAAUCGCUUGUGCUGAAAUAGACAAUUUAUUCAUGGAUUAGAGCAAAAAGUUGGACUUUAAUCAAACAUCAGAAGAAAGAAAUACGUCUUAAGAUAUAUGCUUUGGGGAAUGGCAACAGCCACCUCCAGUCCAUACCUAGCCAGCAGCAGGAUUUUAUCCGGGCCGGUCCUUCACUCUGAUCGGAGGGGAGGUGGCAUGCAGCCAGGCAGCACCGCUGUGACCACAGUGUCUAGUGGAUACAGAGGAGACCCUUCAGUUAAGAUGGUGCAGAGUGACUUCAUGCACGGAGCCAUGGUGGCGAGCAACGGAGGACACAUGCUAAGCCAUGCCCACCAGUGGGUGACAUCGUUGCCUCACGCAGCAGCCGCAGCAGCUGCAGCCGCGGCGGCAGCAGCAGAGGCCGGAUCCCCGUGGCCCAGCCCCCAGCCACAAGACGUGAAGAGAAACACCGGCAGGGAUGACCUCCACUCGGGUUCGGCUCUGCACCACAGGUCCCCACAUCUGGGACCUCAUCAGACGCACCCAGGAAGUUGGGGAGGCACGUCCGCGACGCACAUCAGCAUCAGUGAGUCGCAGCAGCAGCAGCAGCAGUCCCUCAUCUACUCCCAGCCCGGAGGAUUUACAGUCAACGGGAUGCUGAGCUCGCACACCGGACAAAGCCUCAUGCACUCGGGGCUGGUGCGCGGGGAGUCCCCAGAGCUGGAGCACGGCAGCCACCAUCACCACCACCACCACCACAGCCACCACACGCACCACCACCAGCACCCCGGGGUGGGCCACGAGUCGCACUCAGACGAGGACACCCCGACGUCCGACGACUUGGAGCAUUUCGCCAAACAGUUCAAACAGCGACGGAUCAAGCUGGGCUUCACGCAGGCAGACGUGGGCUUGGCUCUGGGCACCCUGUACGGCAACGUCUUCUCCCAGACCACCAUCUGCAGGUUCGAAGCGCUGCAGCUGAGCUUCAAGAACAUGUGCAAGCUGAAACCUCUGCUCAACAAAUGGCUGGAAGAGGCCGAUUCCACCACCGGGAGCCCCACCAGCAUCGAUAAGAUCGCCACGCAGGGCAGGAAGAGGAAAAAGCGCACGUCCAUCGAGGUGAGCGUAAAAGGCGCGUUGGAGAGCCACUUCCUGAAAUGUCCCAAACCCUCCGCGCAGGAGAUCAACUCUUUGGCGGACACUCUGCAGCUGGAGAAGGAGGUGGUCAGGGUCUGGUUCUGCAACCGGAGGCAGAAAGAGAAGCGCAUGACGCCGCCUGGACUCCCGCGCACCCCGGAGGACGCGUAUUCACAGGUGGGCAGCAUGGGACCUGACACACCGUCUCCCUCCAUAGAGUGCAAGAGGAUGUACAGCGACACGUGAAAAUGACCAAAUGACGGACAUGACAUUUGUGAAAUGUUUGAAUUGUUUUUUUUUUUAAGAGAACUGUUUCUCAGACUGACAAGAAUAUUUGGUGAACUUUUCCUCUCCAUGUGCGUUAUUCCUCAGAAACAAUGUUAUCCAGUGAGUGAUCCCGUCAGAGCGGGAGAAAUGUCCAUUUACGCAUUGUUUGGGUAUUUUUCUGCUUUAUGAAACAACCUCUGGAGCAAAAAUAUCUUCGAGCUUAUCUGAAUCUGAGCAGAAAACAAUUUAAAGUCUUUUUUAAAAUUCCAACUAAACACUUUAAGAGGCUUCAAAGCCAAAACGUUCAAACAGAUCAAACUUCUUUCCACAUCUCUGUACUGUAAAAAUAACAGUUCCCUUGUAAUGCUGCAGAAUUUGAUGUCCCUCAUACAUGCUAGACUGGGCUGUAGCCUGUAACUUUGUUUUUCCUGUUUUAAAAAUGAAAGACUUUGAUUCCAUGCGCUUUAUUCAAGUUGUUUUAUAAUGAGCAAUAAUAAUAAUUUAUCCUCCUUCAAAUAUGUUUCUCACUUUUGUGUUGUGUGUCGGUGGAUUUAUGUUGUGACUCAGUCUGAGGUGGUCAACAAGCAAUCUGCAGUUAUUCCAAUAAUGUACUUUUUCUGUUUAUAGGAGGCUUCUUCUUCUUUUUCUCAGAUUUUGCAAAACAUUCCCUUCAGUUUAUGUACAAGUCUGCUGUGUAUUCUUGUGUGAUGAUUUGGGCUAUUUAUUUUUUCCACUGUGUUUAUUUUCAUGGAAUAGACUAAUUAUUUAAUAAAUUUGACAUAAAAAAAUUUGUGUUGACAUGUGAGAUGGCCAUCAUUCUUGAUGCGUACACACAUUCAGUAUCGCUUUCAUCAUUUUAUCAUUUUAGUGAAAUAUUAAAGCUGACAGUGUCCUAUAAACUGAAAAGGCUCUACAUGCCAAAAUUGUAAUUUUAAGUGUCUUUAAUGCAAACCAAAGACACUAUACAACCAUUAUUCUGUACUUUUUUAAGACGUGACAA